GCAGCUCUCACUUAGCCGUCAGCUGGCAUUGCCGAAGAGGCAGCGGUAGAGUGAGGUUGCCGUUCUUGAUUUGUGUGAAGUGGACAGCGUGAGAGUGCCGUGGCCAGUUAUGGAAACGGAUACCAGAAAUAGAAAAAAGAAGCCACAAGGGAAAUCUACUGUUGUUAGCAAAUCUGAUGGUAUUGAUGAUGAUUCUCUCAAAAGAACAGUGGCUGAGAAGCUUAAAAGCGUUAAUCCUGACGUGAAGAGAGAUGCGGGUGACGGCGAGUCUGCUCCUGAGACUCCACCUCCAGAGUUCGCUCCUGACGCCCCAGAUGCUAAAGACGUCGCAGGUCCAGAGAAGCCCCUCAAGUCCAAAAGCAAAAAGCACCAGUCAAAUGGCGUCCAUAAGGAAGCUUCAACCGCUGAGGGAGGCCCCGCCAUAAGCAUUCAAAUGGACAUAAUCAGUGCUACCCUUUUCAUGGUCUCCUUCGCCAUCAGGCUGUGGCGACUAGACCAUCCGAAAGGCAUUGUAUUUGACGAGCUGCACUACGGCAAGUAUGCGGGCCACUACCUACAGAACACAUUCUUCUUCGACUCGCAGCCGCCCUUUGGCAAACAGAUGAUCGCACUCGCUGCCUACAUCGCUGGUUACGAUGGAUCAUUCAAGUUUGAUCGCAUCGGAGGUCCGUACGACGCGACGGUACCGGUGUUCGCCAUGCGGUUGGUGCCUGCGUUCUUCGGGGCGCUGCUCAGCCCGACGGUCUACAAGCUCAUGCAGGAGCUGGGCAGCUCCCAGCCUGCCGCCCUACUGGCCGCCGUGCUCAUCGUUCUGGACAACGCGGUGGUGAUCCAGACUCGCUACAUUUUGCUGGAGGGUCCCCUGCUAUUCUUCGGUCUAGCGGGAGUGUUGUGCGUGCUGCGGCUGCGACGAUACUACAAGCGGCCCUUCUCGCUGCCCUGGUUCCUGUACCUCAUCGGUGCUGCUGUUCUCCUCACGGCUGCUGCCUGCGUACGAUACUUUGGGCUGUUUUCAUUCAUGCUGGGUGUCGGCAUCCUGACGUACGACUUCUGGGAGAUGGUGGGCGACCGCAGUGUGGCGGACAGACAGCUACUGGCUCACUGCCUUACCCGCACUGCCAUCUUCAUUAGUAUCCCGGUGACGCUCUACCUCUCUUGCUUCUACGUGCACCUCUCCCUCCUCUACAAGGCGGGACCCAACGACAACAUCAUGACAUCUGCCUUCCAAGCCAGUUUAGAGGGAGGUCUCGCUGCCAUCAUUGCUAAUCAACCGAUGCAAGUCGUCCAUGGCAGUCAGGUAACUCUGAGGCAUUCCCACAAUCGCGCGUGUUGGCUGCACUCGCAUGACGCGCUCUACCCGCAAAAGUAUGCCGACGGUAGAGGCUCUUCGCACCAGCAGCAGGUCACGUGCUACAGCUACAAGGACGUCAAUAACUGGUGGAUCGUCAAGAAACCGCAAAAUGAGGAGCUGGUGGUGGGGGAGCCCCUGGAGCCCAUCAAGCACGGGGACGUCGUGCAGCUCGUGCAUGGACUCACAUCCCGCGCCCUCAACUCCCAUGACGUCGCCUCAGCCAUGAGUCCUCAUAACCAGGAGGUGUCUUGCUACGUCGACCACAACGUCUCCAUGCCGGCGCAGAACUUGUGGCGAGUAGAGUUACUGGACCCUGACCGCACCAAGGGAAUGUGGCACGCCGUUGAGAGCCAGCUCCGACUGGUUCACGUUAACUCGUCGACAGCCCUGAAGUUCUCGGGUCGCCAGUUGCCGGAAUGGGGCUUCAAGCAGCACGAAGUUGUCACCGAUAAAAUUUUCGAUCAGGAAGACGUCGUGUGGAACGUCGAGGAGCAUCGGUAUUCCAGAACUGAGAAUCAGAAGGAACGCGAGAAGGAGCUGAUAUCUUCUGAGAUGAUACCGACGGAGCGACGUGAGCUGGAUUUCUGGUCGAAGCUGUACGAGCUGCAGUACAAGAUGCUUUUCAACAACCAGGAGAACGUGGCCGGACACAUGUACGCCUCCGACCCCGUGGACUGGCUCACCCUCAAGCGCGGUGUGGCUUACUGGAUUGACAGCGAGAGCAACGCUCAAAUCCACUUCGUAGGCAACAUAGUCACGUGGUUAUCGGGCACCGCUUCACUGGUGUUCUUCACAGCUCUUUUUAUCCUGUACAUCUUGCGCCGCCAACGAUCUUGCUACGAUAUCCCUGAAGACGCUUGGGACAAUUUCUGCAACUUGGGGCAAGUUCUCGGCGGAGGAUACCUCGUUCACUACCUACCUUACUUCCUGGUGGACAGAACCCUAUUUCUGCAUCAUUACAUGCCUGCCUACAUCUACAAGCUCUGUUUACUGGCAGCUGUCGUAGAGCAUGUCCAUUAUUUCCUCAGACAUGUUUUGAAACAGAAGAUUUUGUCAUAUGCUUUCCUGGCUUUGGUGGGAGCCUGGCUAGCUGCCAUUCUAUACGUCUUCAGCGUCUUCCUGCCUCUGACGUACGGCCAUGUUGCACUAACUGCGAACCAAGUCGAUGAGCUCACAUGGAGAGACUCGUGGGAUUUGAUAGUCCAUAAAUAAUUCGUAAAUAAUUGUGUGGUAAAUUUCUUCCAAGCCUGUGAAUCAUUGUUAGUUAUGGCUGCUGCGGCUGAGUAACAUUGGUUAUUGUUGUUGUGUUUGAGUACCUGUGCUAAACUUGCUGCAGUAGCGGAACAUUCUAUAUUGGGAUGGGUAUUAAUUGCCUUAAAUUAUUGUGAUAAUGAACAUUCCAACAAGUUUAGUUUUCAUAGCUUCCCUUAUCGUUUUUAUGUUUCGCGUCGCGAAGUUACAUAGCUAUUUGAGUUUAUCUUAUUACACUCUAGAGUUGCAGAUUGAUCAUAGGGGAAAUAGUUAAGAGAUUAUUUCGGAAAUGGAGCUUAGAAUGCCAAAUAGAAUUCCACGCCUAUAAUAUAAGCCUAUGAUGCAGGUCAGCAGCUCAACUCCAAUGUCCUGUAAUAAAUGAUAUGGAACUAAUUCAGGCGUUAUUGAUUCGUACACAUUGAUUUGUUCUUACUAUAUUUGUAAAACCAAUCGGGCUUCCUCUCCGACAUUUUUGUUUUAAUAAUCUCUUCCAGUGCAGUGCCCAAGAUGUGAUAAUGAAUACAUCGUUGUUUGCAUCUUCCGUUAGUUCACCCGAUGUUGCUUAUGAAUGAGUAGACGGGAAGCUUUUGAGUGUUUAAUUGAUUUGCGGUUGUGCUAUGGUAAUUUUUUUAUGCUUCGUUCUGUUAUUUUAGCUUGUAACGCCUCAGAUUCUCUCUAAUUCAUAUACUGAAUGUAAUUCGAAACAAUUCGUCACCAAUUUGGUGCAACAUUUCUAGGUUAAAGAAAGCUUGUUUAAGAUUAUCUGCGCAUGUCAUUGACUGUCUAAAAUAAUGAUUUAUUACAAAUUACUGAUGCAUGUUAAUAUUCAUCGACUAUCGGAAAUGGUGACUGUGUGCAGAUAUAGCAUUAGCGUAAAGGAACGAGUUGGUCUUGUAGGACAGUUGACAUUCAGAGUCGUUAUCGUAACGCGUUGACGACUGCAUGCUAGUUUUGAUUAUUGCUGACGUUUAAACGAAUUCGUCCGUAAUGAUUUGAGGUGGCAUUAGCACAAUGGACAAAAAUUAGUUUUAUGAAUUUAUGUAUCGCUCACAUCCGACGGAUCCUUCAGUAUCCUAUCUCAUGCUUCCAUGGCUAAUGAAUUUCUCUUAGACUGUAUUAUUAUUCCAAUCUAAGUUUAGAAUAUGUAAUUGUUGUUUAUUGAACAAUAUUUCUGAUCUUGGUAUAUUUUUGGUACUCGAAAUCAUGGUCAUUUCUAACCAUUAAGAGCACAGCCUAAAAGUGAGGUAUCGUUAAUUUACAUCUCUGCUGUUAGCAGUACUACAGGUUCUAAAAAAUAACUAUCUUUAUCGGGGUAAUUGUCUGCAUAAAGAUCAUGUUCUCGAUGAUUUAUGGCGUUGUUGAAUUCGAUCGAUAUAAUUUGAUGAAUUAGUUGAUGGACGCUUGUUUCUUUUUAAGACUCGUUCAGUGUUGAAGGCCCUUGAUGAUAUUCAACUUUCAUCUGUCGAAAACUUGAUGAAUUACGGUACUUCAUGUGUCAUACGUGACUGUGGAAAUUCAUUAUUGCAUUUCUCAUUAGUAACUGAAAUUGAUGUAUUAAUAUUUGUAUUUUUAUAGAAUAUAAAGUCAAUGCAUAAAAUUAUUUGUUGCGCGUCGCCAUCUUGACCUCAUACAAUAGUUUACACCUGGCCUUGGAGUGAGCGCUCCAGCUAGCGAAUUUGUAUUGCCAAGAGAUCUUUCUUGUGGUGGACUGCAUGAACUUUUUUUCCAGUAUCGCAGUUCUGAUUUAGUAUCAGUGUAUUGGAUUGAUCUUGCGUCUUCCAAAAUACAACGGAGCUUCUUGAUUUAUAUCUGCUGAAAAUAAUUUUAAGAUAUUUUCUGAAGCAAAGGGUUACAUUUUUACAUCAAGUACCUACGCCGAUUUAUGAUGAAUCCGCAUAAGGACCCAUUUUCUUACCGAAAGUGAUUGAAUGAUCUGGAAAUUCGAGCCAUUUAUCGUAAAAUAAUGCGCUUCGAAGCGUGGACGUGUCAUAUCACCACGCUGUUACGUCACGAUAUGGAUGCAAAAAAAAAAAAAAACACAACUCGCGUAUUUUUUAGCAUCGUCCUUCUAAAUUACGAUCGCUCGGUUUGGAGCUGUUGAUUGGAAAGUGAAUUGUCACUUAAUACAAGAUUAAUUGAU